AUUUGCACUAGGCUCAAAAUUUCUGUAUUCUGUGAAAUUACAAACUGAAAAUAUUACUAUAAUCUUAAAAAUUCAAAGUUAUGAUCCAUUAUCAACAUUGGUGGUUUGCCUGAUUAACUUAGACCCAAUUUUUAAAAUCUUUUAAGUAUGGAUACGGUUGUUAAAAGUAUGUUAGAAGAAGAUGCAGAGGAAGAAAAACAGGGUUUGGUAUUAUUUGGUAGAGAUUUAUCAAAAAUACCUUGUUUUCGAGAAAGCUUUUUCUAUGGAAUAGUAUCGGGAGUUGGUGUAGGGUUUGGAUCAUUUAUGAAGACAUCUAAACCCAUGUUAUCACAGCAUAUUGGAUUUGGCACAUUUACUAUGUCCACACUUAUAUACUGGUCCUAUUGUAGAUGGCAGUGGUCUAAACAAAGGUUUGAUGCAGACUUACUUCAAGAAGCUGUUAAAAAUAAAAUUAAAUAUGAAGGAACAAUUGUUGAAAAAGAAUUAGAAAGUAAAGGUAUUCUUAAAUCAGCAUAACAAUGAUUUGUCAUAUGUUAAAUUUCUGUGGAGUUUUUCCAUUUUACAAGUGAGGUUCUUUUAUGACUGACCAUCAUGCCUUUUGUACAAUGUCAUUAUAGGCAAAAGUUAAAAAAAGCUAACAAUUGAUUUGUGUUGAGAUUCUUGUAGUGUUUCAUAUUUGUAGAUAUAUGAUUUUAAGAAAAAUCAAAUUUAAUAUAUAUUUAUAAGUAGAAUAGUUUUAUGUACUGAUAGCAAUUAAUAGAGUAUUUAAAUAAAUGUAAUAAAAUUCAA